AUGGCUCAUUAUAUCCGAUUUCUAAAACAACCACAGAUAGCGAAGAAGAAUGGGGAUUCUUUCUUCAUCACCACCUUAUUCACCAUCACUACGGACCUCGGGGACUCCUUUCUUGCUGAGGAUGUUCAACUUAGUGCCACGGUGCAGUUUGCACGCCCAAUCGCCCCGCUAAAACAGACUGUUUGUUGGCAGGCGGGGAGCCGAGAGCAGAAGUUAACUUUCGGGCCCAUACGGCGAGAUCUCACCAAUUGUACGGUUCAGCUCUGUGUUCGCUCUGUAACUGAGGUAAUGGAUGCAGAUUCACUCAAUGGCCCACACAUUCCUAGAGUCGUCUCUGCUUGGAGCCCAUUGUUUGAAAUAUCUCCUGGGAAGAGGUCCGUUGAGAAGUUGGUUUUGAGACGGUUCCAGCCCAAAAUUGGGGCGGAACUGAAAAUAUGGGAAGAAACUGGAAACAGUAUUGCGAGACAUAUCUGGGAUGCAGCUUUGGCAGCCAUUGUCGAGUUCCAUGACAACUUCAGCCACAGAGGCGGCAAACCGCUCCGGCAGAAUGAUAACCAUGCCUUUAAUGUUCUAGAAUUGGGGUCAGGAUGCGGUAUUGUCGGAAUUGCCCUAGCGCAGAUGAUGUCAAACUGCUCCGUGAUGCUCACAGACCUCGAGGAAGUCCGGGAGAUAAUUCACCGAAAUAUCUCUACGGCUCAGCUAGCUCAAUCAUCCCUCAUCGAAUUUCAAACCCUUGACUGGGACGAAGAGCUUCCGCAGGCAGUCAAGGAUCGGCGCCACGACUUGAUCCUUUUGUCCGACUGCACGUACAAUUCCGACGCCCUACCAGCAUUAGUUAGAACCAUCAAGAGCCUACUGGAGAUUUCGCCCGGUGCAUCAGUGCUUGUGGCAUGGAAAAAGCGAUGCGAGAGCGAGUUGGUAUUUUUCGAUCUAAUGAAGGAUGCAGCAUUGGCCGUUGUGGGAGAGUCUAGUCAAGCUUUUUUACAAGUCGCAGCAGAAAGUGAUGACGACGACGAUGAUGAUCAUGAAGCACCAGAGAUCAAAAUUUUCCGCUUUCAAAAAGCCAGCGAAAGACAGCUCGCUAGUUAAACCCCAGCGUCCUGGUCGUGCAUCCUCUGGAUGGGAACCUGCACCAGCCACCCAGCCCAUGUUCUACGGACGAUGAAGAGCUUUGGCCGAGUUAAAACACUCCGGACCGGAGUACGGAGUACGCGCCUGCGAGAUAAGGAUGAUUUUCAGGGCACCUUGCAGGCCAAUUCUGUUGCUAGUCGAUCACUCCGGCAUUGUGUCCGGGCUGUGAUCCUCAAGCUUUCCGGGCGGUUCACCAGUCUGCGUUGGCGAAAAGAGCAUGGUGACAUGGCUCUCCGUAACGUUGCACCACCGACCCCCAGCGGUCAAGGGCCGGGGAAAAUACCUCAUAUAUUUCUGGCGACGGUAAAUGCAGGCUCCGGCACGGUUUGAGUCAUGGGCCAGCUGGAGGGAAAAAGGGGGUCACCUUUGGUGGCUUGCGGGAAUUCGUUAUUUAACGGGGCGCUGAACGGUCAGGGUGCGGUAUUACCGGCCUAACUCUGCGGGGGCCCCUAGCUUUGGGGUGCCGUAAUAGCUGCGUAAAAAUUACCGGUAAACACACCAGGCUAAGGGAGCUUCUCGCCCACUUUUUUUUUCCUCACUGCCCCUCGCCCACAAAUCCCAAAUUUUUUUUUUUUCCCUCCCUCCUCUCCUCUCCUCUUCAGCUCCUCGAAGCGUCUACCCUGAUCCCUCCUGAGCGAAGGAACACCAUCAAUCGCAAGCCAUCGAGUCAU